GAUGUCACAGACCCACAUACACUGCACUCAGGAAGAACAUCACACACAUAUUCACACGCGUACACACAAUGCCUAUUCUUCAGACUGAAAAGUAACAAAAAUCCUCACCACCAUCAUCAUCUUCUUCUUCGUCAUCAAAGGAUACACAGUAAUGGACGCCAGUGAGGAAGAAACGAAGCCACUGAUGACGUGCGAGCGCUCGGGGAGUCACAAAUCGAGCUGCGACUCCUUCAUGCUGGUGCACCUGUACUACACACCCACGUCAAAAAGCGAGAGCACGCUGUCCAUCCCUGCGGGACAUGUGACCGCAGAGAGCAUCUGUGUUCUAGCAGCAAAAGCUUGUGGUAUACUCCCUGUGUUUCAGAGUUUAUUCGCUCUGGCCUCAGAAGAUCUCUCAUUCUGGUAUCCACCAACACACAUGUUUAAGAGCGACGAGAGUGUAACUGUGCACUACAGAGUGCGGUUCUUUUUCUCAGGGUGGUUUGGUCAGGGUUCCAAAGCAACAUAUCGUUACAGUCUGAGCUCUGGGAGAAUCUGCGCUGUGCUGGAUUACAGUGUUAUUGAUUAUCUGUUUGCUCAGUCCCGCAGUGAUUUCAUUUCCGGCUCAGGAGGUGUUUGUCCUCCAGUCAGCGCCAUUCAGGAAUGUUUGGGUUUGGCUGUGUUGGACCUUUGGAGACAGGCCAAGGAGAAAAACCACGGAGUGAAGGAAGUGUGUAAAACCGUCAGCUACAAGUCGUGCCUGCCUGAGACACACCGAGCAGAAAUCCAACGAAUGACACGACUGGCCCGCUAUCAUAUCCGCAAGAACCUGAAACACUUCCUGAAGAAACUGGGACGCUGCUCAGCUGGAGAGCAAAGCCUGAAGCUCAAGUACCUGAUGGAGCUGAGCGCUGUGGAACCCAACUAUGGCUCUGAGUGCUUCAUCACAUCCUGCUCCAUGGUGAGAGUCUCUGGUGAGGGAGGGAUCCAGACACGCUCCUCUGAUGGACAGGAGUGGCAAACAUUUUGCGACUUUCCCCAAAUCACAGAAAUCAACAUGAAACGUCUUUGCCAAGAGCAACUUCCUGCUGAGGGACGUGUGGUGACUUUGACUAGACAGGAUGACAGAUGUCUGGAAAUGGAGUUUGAGACGCUGGCUGUGGCUCUGUCCUUCGUGUCGCUCAUCGACAACUACUUUAGACUCACCACAGACUCCAGUCAUUACUUCUGCUCUGAAGUGGCUCCUCCGAGUCUGCUGCAGGACAUCGAUAAUCACAGCCAUGGCCCCAUCACGUCAGAGUUUGCGGUUCACAAGCUCAAAAAGGCGGGAGCUAAACAUGGUUCAUUUCUUCUUCGGCGAAGCCCAAAGGAGUUCGAUAAGUACUUCCUAAUGGUCUGCUUACAGACGCCACUUGGUGUUGACUAUAAAGACUGUCUGAUCGAGAAGAAUGACAAGUUCCACCUGGCAGGAAUUCACAGCUCCUUCGACAGUCUGAGACAUCUGACAGACUUUUAUAAGGAAAACACAAUUGUACUGUCUGAUUUUCCUGUCAAACUGGGCAGGUGCUGUCCAUCUCAAGCUAAAGAGCUCUCGAACCUGAUCAUUGUCAGGAACAGCAGCAUGUGUGAGACACCAGGCUCCCCCUCUCAGCAGCGCCACAGACCCAGCCACAUUCAGUUCCACAUGAUCAAAUACGAGGACAUAAUCUGGAAGGAAAGUCUGGGUCAAGGAUCGUUCACACACAUCUACAGAGGCUGUAAAAUGGACCAGCUGGAUGGCGAGACUCACACCACUGAGGUUCUGCUCAAAGUUCUGGAUGUAGAGCACAAAAACAGUUGGGAGUCUUUUUUUGAGGCUGCCAGCUUCAUGAGCCAGAUUUCCCAUAAGCACCUGCUGCUGGUAUAUGGAGUCAGCGUCCACAAUUCUAAAAACAUCAUGGUUCAGGAGUUUGUGAAGUAUGGAGCUCUGGAUCUUUACCUGAAGAGAUCAAGAGUUUCACUCAGCUGGAAACUGGAUGUAGCCAAGCAACUCGCCUGCACACUCAACUUCCUGGAAGAGAAGAACAUUGUUCAUGGGAACAUCUGUGCCAAAAACUUACUUUUGGCACGAGAGGGCGAUCCAAACUCGGAAAACUCACCGUUUAUUAAACUCAGUGAUCCGGGCAUUAGUGUUGCCAUGCUGGGAAGAGAAGUGGUUUUGGACAGGAUCCCAUGGGUGGCCCCGGAGGUGUUGGAGAUGUUGGAGUUGGGGCAGCAGUGUGAUAAGUGGAGCUUUGGGACGACAUUGUGGGAGAUUUUUAACGGAGGAGAAAUUCCUCUUCAGCGCCUCGACCCCAAACAGAAGCAGCAGUUUUAUGAUCAGCGCUCACAGCUGCCAUGUUUGGAGUGGGCUGAAUUGGCUGAUCUCAUCUCACAGUGUAUGCAGUAUCAGGCCGAGCUCAGACCAUCCUCACGCAGCAUUAUACGCCACCUUAACAGCCUCAUCACCCCCGAUUAUGAGGUUCUUCAUGCCAGCGGCUCUGUGCAAGAGAAAGACAGCUUCUGGAGAUCACUGUACAAACAACAACAACAUGAGGUGUAUGAAGAGAGACACCUCAAGUUCAUUUCUACUCUAGGGAAGGGUAACUUUGGCAGGGUAGAUCAGUGUCGCUACGACCCUCUGGGUGAUAACACAGGGGAGCUGGUGGCAGUGAAACAGCUGCAGUCCAACAAACAAUCCAACAUGGCCGACUUCCAGCGAGAGAUUCAGACCAUCAGCUCACUGCACUGCGACUACAUCGUCAAAUACAGGGGCAUCUGCUACAGCGCAGGACGUUUGAGUAUGAGGUUGGUGAUGGAGUAUUUGCCCUUCGGAAGUUUAAUCAGCUACAUGGAAAAAAACAAACACAGCAUCACCACACGAAGAAUGUUGCUGUUCACCUCACAGAUCUGUAAGGGAAUGGAGUAUCUGCAGAACCUGCGUUAUGUACAUCGUGAUUUAGCAGCGAGGAACAUCCUGGUUUCAAGCGACACGUCGGUGAAGAUCGCAGAUUUCGGCCUCACUAAGCUCGUCCCUCUGGAUAAAGAGUAUUAUCGAGUCACGCAGUCUGGAGAGAGUCCCAUCUUCUGGUACGCACCUGAAUCCUUAUCAGAGUAUAAAUUUUCCCCCAAAUCUGACGUGUGGAGUUUUGGCGUUCUUCUGCAUGAGCUGUUCUCCUACUGCGAGCUGAGCAGGAACCCAAAGCGGCUGUCACUACAUAGGAUAGGAGGUGAUAUCCAAGGUGCCAUGAUGGCUGUUCAUCUCUACAACAUCCUGAAGGAAAACUGGAGGUUGCCAGCGCCUGCUAUGUGUCCACCAAAAGUGUACAGUAUGAUGAUGCAAUGCUGGGCGUUCAACAGCGACGACAGACCCACCUUCUCCUACCUACAGGACCUGAUUGAGAGCAGCCUUCAAGAUGAGAGGGAAUGGGCCAAAGGAUGAAAAGUGUAUCACAAAGAAAUAUAACAUAUAUAAACUCAAACACAGAAAUAUAUCUUACUCAUUAACCAUUUAACCAGAUUACCUAUCUGUUUAGGGAGCACACGAAGGACAAAGAGGGUUUUUUUUUAUUUCAUUUAGUCUUUUACUGUUAAAUAACGUUGUUUCAGAAUUCAGAACUAUUCUUCUUCUUCUUGGCAGUAUUAUUAUUAUUAUUAUAAAUAUUCUCAUUAUUAAAACCAUGAACAUUAAAAUAAAUAAUCACUUUAAACAUUAUUAUUCUGUAAGCACAAAAAACUAAAAUCUAUUUUUCAUUUUUCUACAAUUUUAGCACUGCAAAAUGUAUACAAAUAAUUAAAUUGCCUGUAUUUUUUAUAAAGUAAAAAGCUACAUAGCUAUAACAUUUUGCUAUUUUGAUAUUACUGUUUUUAUAAUUUAUAUUUCAUAUUCAUCUAGUGAUGCUCAUAGAUAAAGACCGUUCAUGAAAAUAAUAAAAUAAAAAAAAUUAUAGCGCUGCACUUUAAUACCUUACUUUCAUUAUAAAGUUCUCAUGAAUUAAAACACCUGUAAAUCUUGUAACAGAAGUCGAGUCAGAGUGCAGAACAUCACGGAGAUGAUCCAGAGACAUGCUUAUGCACCUGAAAUACAUGACGUGUCAAAGCACAGGGUGUAAAUAUUUAUACUGAUCUUUCUGUUGUUUUUUCUUUUUAAAGAAUAAAUUUAGAAAAAUGUUA